AUGCGACUGCUUCAAGAGGAGGACAAGGAAAAUGCUGCCUGCACCAGCAGGGUGAGCAGCUGUCAUGAGGAGAGCGUCCAGCUCAAGAGCCCGAGGCAAACGCCACCGCUGACGCACGAGUUCUCGGGGGAGCAGACCAGUGGUCCGGAGGCGAACCCCCCAGUAACAGCCAAAGCAGGUGUGGAAGCGGGUAGCAGCAGCCGCAGCAGACGCCUACGCAGUACACGUCAGUCUCCCUCUCAGACAGCGGCCUCAACGGCAUCAGCAGAAGUGCCAGCUGUUGCAGACACCCCUGAGACGUGGAAGGAAGCUGGCGAGAAGAGUGCACAUUCGGGGGCAGAUCGCAAAGCCGUCUACACAGAGACAGACACUGAAAGCGGCAGCAGUGCCUGCAGUUUUAGCUGUAACGAGCUCACGGCCAAAGGCGAAGCCCCCAACAGCAGUCGGACCACCACGAGCUCGAGUGAUGCGGCUUCCAGCAUUACUGAGGUCAGGCGUAGCAGCCCAAGUGCAGCAUGCACUGCGUCUGCUCCCUGUGAUUUGUCACCUUCCUGCUUUGCUCCCUUCGAUUUUUCCCCUCCUCUGCUGUUGAAGCAUCAGCAGCAGCACCGUUGCUGCCGCCGCAGCAGCCACCACAGCAACAGCAGCAGCAGCCAGCAGCAACAACAGCAGCUGAUGCAGCAUCCUCUCUCCCCUUGGCCGUCUCCACUUUUCCAGCGGCCCAGGCCUAGCAACAACUGCAGCAGCAGCCGGCGCAGCAGCAGCGGGAGUCUCUUUGCUGCUGGCUUCUCCCCUGCUGCCGCUCAGCUGCCUCCUUUCGACUUGUGGCUCUCUGUGUCUCCUCGCGUCUCGUCUCUCGAGAGAAGCAGCAGCCAGCUCUCGUGCUGCAGCAAUUUGUCUCUCGCGCUUGCACGGCCUGUUUAUACACCUCCGCAGCAGCAGCCGCCGCAGCAACAGCAGCCGAGAGAAAGUGAGAGGGGUUCUCACUGCUGCAGCAACAGGGGAUGCUCGUGCAAGCAGCAGCGGCAAGGGAUGUGCAUCAACAGCCUGCUGCCACCGCAACAAAACCAGCAACCCCAUUUCCCGCAGUCCUCUCCAAUUGUAAGAAGGGCACGCCGUAUGUCGGACGACAGCAGCUACAUCAACAGAAACAACUGCUGCUGCAGAGCUUCUGGAAGCUCGGGGUGCCUGCUUCUCACGACCAGCUCGCAACAGAAACCGUUGCAGCAGCAGAGGCGAUGUCAUGGACGCCCCUCCGCGAAGUGGGCAGGAUGCGGGGUGCACAAGGGUCGUCAUGUAGCUAAUGAUGUAGCGGCUGUUACGUAG